UUGACUCGAACUGAAUCUGCGCCGUGUGUUUUCUUCGACUUUCGUGGCGUUUUUCUUCUCGUUUUCCUGCAGAGGCGCCUGUGAAAAGUGUUCCUGUGAUGUAACGCGAGCCGUCUGAGCUGUGCCAACACGGGAAAUGAGCGGUGCAUCGCCGAUUUGGGCGUGAAAAGUGAGGGCGAAAGUGUGAGAAAGAGAAGAGAGUGCAUCUCCAUCUUGUGGGGGCACUGCGAUUUCGAGAAACGCGUGACUUCGCCCCAAGACUAUGCAGUCACUGUGCUGGACCACGAGAUUCGUGACCCGCGCGCUGAGGAGUGGCUUCUCCACCCUCAUCGAGCCCAACAACAAGCCAAAGCCACACUUCGUGUCGGUCGUGUGCGGAUUCCCCAAAGACAUCCUGCGCUCCAAAUACAAAUUAGGCAAAUUCGGCGAGGAUUCCUGGUUCACAGCCAGGACCAGCGUCGCCGACGUGAUAGGUGUCGCUGACGGCGUUGGCGGUUGGCGAAGCUACGGAAUCGAUCCGGGUGAAUUCUCUUCUUUCCUCAUGAAGACCUGCGAACGGCUAGUCACCUGUGCCAGCUUUAAUCCCCAGAAACCCGUUAGUCUCUUAGCGUACAGUUACUGCGAGUUGUUGGAGCAGAAGAAACCAAUUCUAGGAAGCAGCACGGCGUGCGUUCUGAUUCUGAACCGCGAGAACAGCACGGUUUACACGGCCAACAUUGGCGACAGUGGCUUCAUUGUGGUGCGGAAGGGUGAGAUUGUGCACAGGUCUGAGGAGCAGCAGCACUACUUCAACACACCCUUCCAGCUGUCGCUGCCGCCGCCCGGCCACGGCGACAAUGUCCUGAGCGACAGUCCCGAGUCCGCGGACACGCUGAGCUUCAGCGUCAAGGACGGCGAUGUGAUUCUCGUGGCAACUGAUGGUGUUUUUGACAAUGUGCCUACGAAACUUUUGUUGGAUACGCUAAAAGAGGUUGAAGGAGAGCAAGAUGCUGUAAAGUUGCAAAUGACUGCAAAUACAAUUGCCCUGAUGGCGAGAUCAUUAGCAUUUGACAGUGAAUUCAUGUCGCCGUUUGCAAUAAAUGCGAGGAAAAACAACAUUAAUGCUAUAGGUGGAAAGCCAGAUGAUAUUACGGUGGUUUUGGCCACGGUGGUACUCUGAAAGAAGAAGCGCGUGAGGACGAGUGUAAAAGGGCCCAAUUUUGUGGGAGGAUUUUCGACACGAGACGAAAAACGGACGACUUUCAGUUUUCGAUAAUGUUAGGCAGAGAGAAAAAAGUGUUUCUUCUUGAGUUGAAUGUUUUUCUAGGUGCAUAAAAAAAGUAGAUAUUCUCAUUUGAAAAUUGGGUCGACGAAGAGUGGAAGAUGAUAAUGACGCGGGGGGUUUUCUAGAAAGAGAGAGAGAGCGAGAGAGCGAGAGAGUGAAGUGAUAAAUUUUAAUCUAAAUAGAACUGUGCAUUUGCUUCUCAAGAACACAAACAAACACACAUAAACAGAUCAUAAGCGAGAAUGGCAAGAGAUGAGUGUGAAUUAUGUAGAUAUGAACUUCCGGCGAAUGAAACUAUGAUGAAGAAGUGAAAGCCAAAAAAACAGAAGAAGAAGAAGAAGAAGAAGACAAGAUGAUGGAAAAUAUCCGCAACGAAACAUGAUGUUUUUAAUGCUAUUUUGUAUAUUUAAAACAGAAGAUGAGAGAAAGAGAGAGAGAGAAAAUGUUACUAGAACGGGACUUUAAUCUCAAGCAAUACUGUAAUUUGUAGAUGAAAUUGUCUUUCUGUAUUCCUUUUGAGAAAGGGAAGUGGGCGUGGCGUGUUAGAGGGCGGAGCGUCAGGUUUUGAGACACACACUCAGAAAAACAAUAUCUGCGACUGGUGAUAAUAAUGGUGUAUUUUCUUCUGUUUUGAGAAAACAUCAUUUGGCAUUAAUAAGUUUAGCUGAAUUAUUCUUUUUUGUGAAAUUUCAUUUGAAAAUUAUAAAGAAAAUUUCUUGAAUGUGCGCUUUAAGAGCCCUUUAACAUGUGUGAGAAUUUGAUAUUUCUUUUCGUCUCUCCUCUUUGUAAAUUUCUUUAUUCAUUGUGCAUAGUUUUUUUUUGCCUAAUAUUUAGGUUUCUCAGAUACCUUUUUACAAAUAAAUGAUGAUAUCAAUUAAACUGGCAGAGAAUGAAAUUCAAAUAUGUUAUUGACAAGAUAAAAAAUGAAACCAGAGAAAAGUGAAAUUGCAAAUAUAUUCAAAAAAAAAUGAAAAGGAAAAGAUAAAGAGUUAGCGAUUAGGGCGUUGCUAAAUGAUAAAGAAAAAUUGUAAUGUGAGAAUUAGAAAUAAAGACACAGAUUGAAUUUAAGAAA